AUGCCAGGAACAAUAACUGUGGCAUCGAUUGCCGCUCUAGCGGCACUCUCCACCUACAUCAUCCCUCCAAUCCGCCAUGAGCUCAAAGUUAUUGGAGUGGGUAGACCUGCAAUAACCUCGACGAUAGCGAAUGCAGCAGAUUAUGUCAAGAUAGAGGACACGACUCAUUGCGAAGAUUUGCAUUACUAUGCCCCUGCAAACUUGCUGUUUACGGCUUGUGAGGAUAGACAUACCAGGUUUUCAUGGUUUCCUCCAUUGGGAAGUUUCGAGCCGCCCACGGAUGGGACACAGGGAAGUAUUCAUGUCGUUGAUCCCAAGACUAUGAAAAGCAUCCGUCUGUCCUUUAUUGAUUUCGACAAGACAUUUGUAACCCACGGCAUCGAUGUCAUCGCCGACCCUUCGGCAAAAAACACUGUAUACAUCUUCGCCGUAAACCAUCAACCCAAUCCAGAAUUCGUGGCUUCUCGUCGCGAACACAUUCAAAAGAGUAACUCACGCAUCGAACUCUUCAGACAUGUCAUUGGCACCAGUACAGCAAAACACAUUCGCACAAUCAGCCAUCCACGUAUUGAAACGCCUAAUGAUAUACACGCAAUCAGCCCUACGGAGUUUUAUGUCACGAAUGACCAUUUCUACAGGGAGGGCUUGAUGAGAGAACUUGAGGGCGUGGCACCGGUGAAAUGGUCGAAUACACAACUCGUGUCCAUUACAGAUCUCUACGCUACUUCUCCCUCUGAAGGCUUGGGAGUUCAAACCGCUCUGACGGGAAUCAAGAACAAUAAUGGCCUAGGCCAUGUUCACGAAAGCGAAGAAGUCACGGUGGUCAGUGCAGAGAGAGGAAUCCUCUACCGCGCCUUCCCGCACGCCGAGAACAAGACUCUAGAAGUUAGGGAGAGCAUACACUUGGACUCUACCCUGGAUAACCCGACUUGGUACCACGACCCCUGGGCCACCGACUCCGACGACAAAAGUGGCUACAUCCUAGCCGGUCUAGCCCGCGGACUAGACCUCGCCUCCAACAUCAAAACCCCAAACGCCAAAGAUCCCGUUUACGUAUGGCUAGUACAACCAGACCCUUCCCACACUUUAUCAAAGGGACAACAAGAGGGCAAUUGGCAAAAGAAAUUGGUCUUUCAAGAUGACGGGGGUAAAGUUAGAACAGCUAGUGCUGCUGUAGUCAUCGGUAUUGAUCCCGGGUUGGAGGGAGGAAAGAAAAGGGGUUGGUUGUUUGUUACUGGUUUCAUGUCGGAGAAUAUGGUUGCUACUAAGAUUGAUUUGUAA